GCAACGAGAUGGUUUACAAUCUCAGGGUAAAACUUGGGAGGCUGACUUUCAAUUCAGGAAACCUAUGGGUACAAGUAGCUUACUAAAAUUUGAUUCAGUCCCCAAAGUAGGAGAAAAUGCAGAAACAAAAUCGAGCAGUGUGGGUAUGGGUACUGGUGGCUCACAAAACUUUAAGUCUAUUAUCAGCUUUGGAAAAAGCUCAUUAAACCUUGAUUCAACCCCAAUAUUAGAAGAAAAUUCCAAAAACAAGGUGAGCAACAUUGGUAUAGGAAUUGGUGGCUUACUAAAUAUUGAUUUAACCCCUAAAUUAGGAAAAAAUUCACACGCAAAAUUGAGAAAUAUUAGUAUGGGUACUAGUGGCUCACUGAACUUUGAUUCAACCCCCAAAGUAGGAGAAAACUCUAAAACAGAAUUAAGUAAUACUAGUCUGACUACAGGUAGAUCAUUUAACAUCGAGGCAAUCACCAAACCAGGAAAAAACUUGGAAAUAAAGUUGACCAGUAUGGGUAUGAAUAUUGAAGACUCACAAAACUUUAAGUCAAUCAUCAGAUUUGGAAAAAACUCAGAAUCGAAGUUGAGCAUUGUUGGUAUGGGAACUAGUGGCUCACUAAACUUUGAGGCAACUCCUCAAACAGGAGAAAAACCUAAAAUUAAUUUAAGCAACAUUGGUUUGGAUAGUGGUGGCUCACUAAACUUUAGUUCAAUUUUCAAACAAGCAGAAAUCUCAAAAACAAAAUUGAGCAGUAUUGGUAUGAGUACCAUUGGCUCAGGAAACAUUGAAUCAACUCCCAAAGUAGGAGAAGAUCCAGAGACAAAAUCGAGCAGUAUAGGUAUAAGUAUUAGUGACUCAGAAAAGUUUAGAACAAUCUUCAGAUUUGAAAAAGGCUCAGAAAUGAAAUUGAGCAGUAUUGAUAAGGGAAAUGAUGCCUCACCAAAUUUCUGGUUAAUCCCUAAAUUAGGAGAAAACUCAAAAACAAAGUUAAGUAGUACUGAAAAACAUAAGAAUGAUUCACUUAGCUUUGAGCCAGCUUCAAAAUUGAGAGAAAAUACAGAAACAGAGUUGAGGGGAAUAAGCACAGAUACUGGUGGCUCACAAAACUUUAAGUCAAUCAUCAGAUUUGGACAGAAUUCAGAAGCAAAAUUGGGUCAUAUGGGUAUGGAAACUGGUGGCUCACGAAACUUGGAGUCAAAUUCCCAAUUAAGAGAAAACUCAGAAACAAAGUUAUACAGUUUUGACGUGGGGACUGGUGGCUCAUUUAACUUCGAGUCAUCCUUCAAUCCAGGAAAAAAAUUAGAAAUGAAAUUUAGCAGUAUAGGUACUGGUGGCUCAAAAGAUAUUGAGGUAACACUAGGAGAAAACUCAAAACCAAAGAUGAACAUUAUUGAUAUCAGAACUGGUGGCCCACUAAACUUUGAAGUAGCUGCCAAAGUGGGAGGAAAUUCAGAAAGAAAGUUGAGCACUGUGAGUACUGGUGGCUUACAAAAUUUUAAGUCAAUAAUCAGAUUUGGACAAAAUUCAGAAACAAAAUUGAACAGUAUGGGUAUGGAUACUGAUGUCUCGGGGAACUUUAGGUCAAUCAUCAAAUAUGGAGAAAACUCAGAAACAAAGUUGAAAAGCAUUCCUAUGGGAAUUUCUGGCUCACAAAACUUCGAGUCAACUUCCAAAUUAAGAGAAAACUCUGAAACAAAAUUGAGUAGUAUUAGUAAGGAUUCUGGUGGCUCACUAAGCUCUGAAUCAACUCUCAAACUAGGAAAAAAUUCAGAAAUAAAUUUUAGCAGUGUAGGCAUGGACUCUAGUGGCUUAUUAAAUUUUGAUUCAGUAAUUAGACUAGGACAAAGCUCAGGAAAAAAAUUGACCUGUAUGAAUAUGGGUACUGAUAGCUCCCUAAAAUUUGAGUCAACCCCUAAAUUAAGAACAAAUUCAGAGGCAAAGUUGAGUAGUACCAGUAUGGGAACUCUUGACUCACAAAAAUAUGAGUCUGUCAUCAGAUUAAGAAAUAGCUCAAAAACAGAAUUGAGCAGUAUUCAUAAAAGUACUGGUGGCUAUCUAAAAGUUGGAUCAGUCAUCAGAUCAGGACAAAGCUCAGAAACAAAGUUGAGCAGUAUUGAUAGCACUGGUCGCUCACUAAAGGCAGAGUCAGUCAUCAAAUUAGGACAAAACUCAGAAACAAAGUUGAGUAGUAUGCCUGUGGACACUUAUAGCUCAUUAAACUUUGAGGCAACUCCCAAACUGGUAGAAAUAUCAGAAACAAAUUUGAGCAGUUUGGGUACGGACACCAGUAGCACUGGAAAGGCCAAGUCAGUCAUCAGAAGUUUAGAAACAGAGUUGAACUGUGUGGGAACUGUUGGCUCACUAAACAUUGAGUCAACUCCCAGAUUAGGAGAAAAAUCAGAAACAAGGUUAAUGAAUAUGAGUCCACAGACCGGUGGCUCAGUCAACUUUGAGUCAACUUCCAAACUAGGAGAAAACUCAAAAACAAAGUUGUUCAGCAUGGGUAUGGCUAUCAGUAGCCUACUAAACUUUGAGUCAGCUCCCACAGUAGAAACAAAGUCAGAAACAGGGUUAAUAAGUAUGGGUAUGGGCACUGGUAGCCCACUAAACUUUGAGUCAACUCCCAAACCGGGAGCAGAUUUAGAAACAAAGUUAACUAGUAUGGUUACACGGAGUGGUAACUCACCCAAACUAGGAGAAAACUUAGUCAUGUUGAGCCAUAUUGGUAUGGGUACUGGUGACUCACUAAACUUUAAUUUAGCUCCAAAAUUAGGAGUAAACUCAGAAACAAAAUUUGUCAGUAUGGGUAUUGGGACAACUCCCAAAUUAGGAAAAAACUCAGAUACAAACUUGAGAGGUAUGGGAAUGAAUACUGGUGGCUCGCUAAAAUUUGAGUCAACCCCUAAACUAGGAGCAAAGUCAGAGACAAAAUUGUGCCAUAUUAGUAUGCAGGCUGGUCACUCAGUAAAAUUUCAAUCAGUUCCCCAAAGAGGAGAAAACUCAAAACCAAAGUUGAUCAGUAUGGAGAUGGGGACAGGUGGUUCAGUAAACUUAGAGUCAACUUCCAGACUAGGAGAAAAUCUAGAAACAAUGUUGAAUCGUAUGUGUAUGGGAACUGGUGACUCUGUACAUGUUGAGUCAGCUCCCAAAUUAGAAACAAAUUCAGAAGCAAAAUCUACCAGUUUUGGUAUGGGAACUGGUAGCUCAAUAGAGUUUGAGUCAACCUCCAAAUUAAAAGAUUCAGAGACAAAAUUUAGUCAUAUGGGGAUUGGUCACUCACUAAAAUUUGGGUCAGCUCCCAAAUUUGGAGAAAAUUCAGAGAUAAAGUUGAUCAGUAUGGAUAUGGGGACUAUUCACUCAGAAAACUUUGAGUCGACUCCCAAAUUAGGAGGAAAUUCAAAACCAAAAUUGAUCAGUGUGGGUGUGCAAACUUUUGGUUCUGUAAACUUUGAGUCAACUCCCAAGCUAGGAGGAAACUUAGAAACCAUGUUCAGCCGUAUGGAUGUAGGAACACAUGGCUCAGUAAACUUUGAGUCAACUUCCAAACUGGGUACAAACUCAGAAAUGAAAAUACUCAAUAUGCAUAUGGGAACGAGUUACUCAGAAAAUUCUACAUCAACUCCAAAAUUAGGAGAAAACUCAAAAACAAAGCUGAUCCAUAUGGGCAUAUGGACUGGUAGCUCAUUAAACUAUGCGCCAACUUCCAGUGUGGGACCAAGUUCAGAAACAAGGUUGUUCAGUAUGAAUACAGGGACUAGUGGUUCAGGAAAGUUGGAAUCAACUCCAGAAUUAGGAGAAAAAUCAAAAACAAAGUUUAUCCAAAAGGGUAUGUGGACUAGUGAUUCACUUAACUUUUCAUCUACCCACAAACUAGGGGCAAACUCAGAAACAGAGUUUUCCAGCAUUAGUAGGGGGACUGGUAAUUCGGUAAAUUUAGAAUCAUCUUCUAAAUUAGGAACAAACUAUGAAACAAAGUUCACCAGUUUUGGUGUUGGGACUGGUGGCUCACUAAAGUCAGCUCCUAAUGUAGAAGAAAACUCAGAAAAAAAGUUUACCAGUGUUGGGAUAGGUGCUGGUAGUCUGUUAAAAUUUGAGUUGACCCCCAAAUUAAAAGCAAGAUCAGGAUUAAAAGUGAGCCAUAAAUGUUUAGGACCUCGUAGCUCACUUAAAUUUGCUUCCACUCCCAAACUAGGGGAAAACUCAAAAACAGUGAUGACCAGCACUGGCAUGCAGCAUAGUGGCUCAUUCAACUUUGAGUCAACUUCCAAAGUAGGGGAAAACUUAGAAACAAAGUUGAUUGAUAUGAGUUUGAGGACGGGUAGCUCAGUAAGAUUUGAAUCAACUCCCAGACUAGGAGAAAAUUCAGAAGCAAGGUUAAUUAAUAUGGGUAUAGGAAUUGGUGGUUCCCCACACUUUAAGUCAGCUCCCAAAGUAGGGGAAAGCUUAGAAGCAAAGUUAAUAAGUACGGAUUUGGAGACUAAGGGCUCAGUGAACUUUGAGUCAUCUACCAGAUUACCACAAAAAGUUUGUGAGAAAGAGAGUUUGUCAGAAACAAAGUUCAUCGGUAUGGAUUUGGGGACUGGUGGCUUAUUUAACUUUGAGUCAACUCCCAAAGUAGGAAAAAAUUUAGAAACUAGUGUGAGUUACAUUGUUAUGGGAACCUGUCAUUCCUCAAACUUUGAGUCAACUCCUAUAUCCAGAACAAACUCAAAAUCGAUGUUGACUUGUGUGGGUUUGGGAACUGGUAGCUCACUAAAUUUCGAAUCCCCUCCCAAACAAGAAGACGACCCAGAAAGAAAGUUCAUUGUUACUAGCAUAGGAAAUAGUGGCCCACUAGAUGUUGAACUACCAACCAACCGAGGAGAAAAUUUAAAAACAAGGUUUACUGAUAGGGAUGUGGGAACUAAGGGCUCAGUUGAGUCAACUCCCAACAUAGGAGAAAAUUCAGAAACAAAGUUGAUGAGCAUGAGUUUGGGGACUGGUAGCUCAAUGAACUUUGAGUCAACUCCUAAACUAGGAGAAAACUCACAGAGAAGGUUUGUCAUUAUGGGUGUGGGAUCUAGUGGCCCACUAAAUGUUGAUUUACUUCCCAGAUUAGGAGAAAAUUCUGAAACAGGGUUAAUUAGUAUGGGCAUAGGGUCUGGUGACUCACCAGAUUUUGAGUCAACUCUCAAAGUAGGAGAAUAUUCAGACACAAAGUUUAUGAGAAUGGGCUUGGGGGCUGGUAGUUUAGUAAACUUUGAGUCAGCUCCCAAAGUAGGAAAAAACUUAGGAACUCUGUCAAGUUGUAUUGUUACAGCAACUAGGAGCUCACCAAAUCUUGAGUCAACUCCCAUACCUAGAACAGAAUCAGAAACAUUGUUGACUGACAUUGGAGUGGGGACUGGUAGUAACUCACUUAAUUUUGAGUCAACCCAUAGAAUGAAAGAAAACUCACAAAGAAGAUUGGUUGUUAUGAGCCUGGGGACUAGUAGCUCACUCAGUGUUGAUUCAACUCCCAGAUUAGGAGACAAUUCAGAAAUAGGUUUAAUCAAUAUGGGUAUAGGAACUGGUGGCUCACCAAACUUUGAGUCAGCUUCCAAAGUAGAGGAAAGCUCAGAAACAGAGUUAAUCAGUAUGGUUUUGGGAACCAAUGGCUCAGUAAACUUUGAGUCAAAUCCCAAAUUAAGAGAAAAUUCAGAAACAAAGUUGAUUGGUAUGGAUUUGGGGCCUGGUAGCUCAGUAAACUUUGAGUCAACUCCUGUAGUAGGAAGAAACUUAGAAACUGUGUUGAGCUGUAUUGUUACGGCAACUAGGAGGUCACCAAACGUAGAACUAAGUCCCAUACCUAGAGAAAGCUCAGAAACACUUUUGACCAAUGUUGGAGUGAGGACUGGUAUCUCAAUAAAUUUUGAGUCAAUUUGCAAAAAAGGAGAAAAUUCAGAAUCAAGGUUAGACAAUAUGGCUAUGGUAACUGAUGACUCACUAAACUUUGAGUCCACUCCCAAACUGGAAGAAAACUCAGAAAGAAGGUUGGUAAUUACGAGUGUGGGGACUAGUAGCUCACUAAACUUUGAUUCAACUCCCAAACUAGGAGUAAAUUCAGAAACAAGGUUAAUCAAUGUGGGCAUGGGAACUGAUUGCUCAGGAAACUUUGAGUCAGCUCCCAAAGUAGGGAAAAAUUCAGAAGUAAAGUUGAUCAAUAUAGAUUUGGGUACUGGUAGCUCACCAAACUUUGACUCAGCUCCCAAAUUAGGAGAAAACUCAGCAAUAAAGUUGAUUGGUGUGGGUUCGGGGAGUGGUAGCUCAGGAAUGUUUGAGUCAAAUCCCAAGUUAGAAGAAAGCUCAGAAACAAAGUUGGUCAAUCCGAGUCUGCGAACUGGUAGAUCAGUAAACUCUGAGCCCGAAGUAAGAAAAAACUUAGAAAGUGUGGUCAGCUGCAUUGUUUCGAUGACUAGAAGCUCACCAAAUAUUGAACCAGGAGCCAUACCUAAAGCAGACUCAGAAAGAUUGUUAAGUGAAAUUGGAAUGGAGAUUGGUAGCUCACUAAAUUUUGAGUCAAUUCUCAAUCAAGGAGAAAAUUCAGAACCAAGGUUAAUCAGUGUGGGUUUAGGAACUGAUGGCUUACCAAACUUUAAGUUAUCUCCAAAAGUAGAGGAAACAGAAUUUAGUAUGAAUUUGGGGAUUGCUAGCCCAGUAAACUUUGAGUCAGUGCCCAAAGUAGAAAAAAGCUUCGAAACUGUGUUGAAAUCACCAAAACCUGAGCCAAGUCCUGUGCCUAGAGUAGACUCAGAAACGUUGUUGACUGAUAUUGAAAUGGGAACUGGUAGCUCACCUUAUUUUGAGUCAGAUCUCUACCAAGGAGAAAAUUCAGAACCAAGGUUAAUCAGUGUGGGUGUAGGAACUGAUGACUCAACAAACUUUAAGUUAUCUCCAAAAGUAGAGGAAACAGAGUUUAGUAUGAAUUUGGGGAUUGGUAGCCCAGUAAACUUUGAGUCAAAGCCCCAGUUAGAAAAAGACUCAGAAACAAAGUUGGUUAAUGUGGGUUUGAGGAUUGGUAGCCCAGUAAACUUUGAGUCAGUGCCCAAAGUAGAAAAAAGCUUCGAAACUGGGUUGAAAUCACCAAAACCUAAGCCAAAUCCCGUACUUAGAGCAGACUCAGAAACAUUGUUGACUGAUAUCGAAAUGGGAACUGGUAGUUCACUAAAUUUUGAGUCACAUCUCUACCAAGGAGAAAAUUCAGAACCAAGGUUAAUCAGCAUGGGUGUAGGAACUGAUGGCUUACCAAACUUUAAGUUAUCUCCAAAAGUAGAGGAACCAGAUUUAGUCAGUAUAAAUUUGGAAACUGGUAGCUCAGUAAUCUCGGAGUCAAAUCCCCAAUUAGAAAAAGACUCAGAAACAAAGUUGGUCAAUGUGGGUUUGAAGACUGUUAACCCAGUAAACUUUGAGUCAGUGCCCAAAGUAGAAAAAAGCUUAGAAACUGUGUUGGAAAAACCAAAACCUGAGCCAAGUCUCAUACCUAGAGUAGACUCAGAAACAUUGUUGACUAAUACUGAAGUAGGUACAGAUAGCUCAUUAAAUUUUGAGUCAACUCCCAGAGAAGAAGAAAAUUCAGAAUCAAGGUUAAUCAAUAUGGGCAUGGGAAUUGAUGGCUCAUUAAACUCUCAAUCUAUUUCCAAUCUAGAAGAAAAUUCAGAAAGAAGUUUGAUCAACAUGGAUAUAGGAAUUGAUCACUUGUUAGACUUUCAGUCAAUAUCCAACGUAGGAGAAAAUUCAAAACCAGAAUUUAUCAAUAAGAGUAUGGGAACUGGCGGUUCACUCAACUUUGAAUCACCUCCCAGAUUUGGAGAAAACUUAGAGAGUAUGAUAAGCUGUAUUGUUAUGGGGACUAGUGACUCAAUAAACCAUGGGUCACCUUCUAAACUUGGAGCCAACUCAAAAACAAAUUCGACUAAUAUAGGUAUGGAGAUUGUUGGCUCACCAAACUUUGAGUCAGCUCCCAAACUAGGAGAAAACUCAGAAACAGAGUUGACCAGUAUGGACAUAGGGAAUGAUGGCUUACUAAACUUUGAGUCAACUGACAUUUUGGGGGGAAAUUCAGAAACAAUGUUCACCAUUAUGGAUAUGGGGAAUGACUAUUUACUAAACUUUGAGUCAACUCCCAAAUUAGGGGAAAACUCAGAAACAAAAUUGAGUAGUAUGCAUGUGGGUACUGAUGGUUCUUUCAACUUUGAGUCAACUCCAGAAUUAGGAGAAAAUUCAGGAACAUUGUCAACUAGUAUUAAUAUAGAGAAUGAUGACUUACUAAACUUUGAAUCAGCUGCCAAAUUAGGAGAAAACUCAGAAACAUUGUUGUCCAUUAUGGAUUUAGGAAACAAUGGCUCAUUUAACUUUGAGUCAACUGCCAAAUUGGGAGAAAAUUUAGAAACAAACUUGACUAGAAUGGAUAUGGGUAUUGAUGGCUCACCAAAGUUUAAGUCAACUACCAAAUUAGGAGAAAAUUCAGAAAUAGCAUUGAUCUGUAUGGAUUUGGGUACCAAUGACCUACUAAUUGAGUCAACUCCCGAACUAGGAGAAAAUUUAGAAAGAGUGGUAAGCAGUAUGGGUAUGGGGACUGAUGACUCAUUAAACUGUGAGUCAAUUCUCAAACUAAGGGAAAACUCAGAAACAGUGGUUAGCAGUGUGGGUAUGGGUACUGUUGGCUCACUAAAUUUUGAUUCAAUUCCCAAAGUAGGAGAAAACUUAGAAACAAAUUUGAGCAUUAUGUGUAUGGGUACUGGUGGCUCACUAAACUUUGAGUCCACCCCCACAUUAGGAGAAAACUCAGAAACAAAGUUGAGCAGUAUUGGUACAGUUCCUGUUAACGAAGUCGUUGAAGACGUCAUUCUGCCCAAUAUACAGUCCAGCCAAGAGGAGGAGAGUUCCUUUUUUAAUAUAUCUGCCAUUUUGGAUCAUGAAAGUACAACAGAUUCUGAAAUGAGUUUUGAUUGUGAUGCCCCAUUUGAAUCAGUAGCUGACCAGCAUACAUUAGCUGUGAAAGAAAUAGACUUUCUAACAGAGGUGCAUGUUGACCUGGAAGAUGAGAACUAUCAAUCUCGUUUGAGCUCUGUUCUCAAAAUUAGUUCCUUAGAGGACACACAACAAGCAAACGUAAAUACAGUGGAAAACUAUGAUGAGCCGGUGCUUCCUGCACUUCCUCAUGUGCCUCCUUCCUUUGUGGGAAAAACAUGGACUCAAAUAAUGUAUGAAGAUGACUUAAAAAUUGAAGCUAUGGUACGUGAUUUUCGGGAAGGCCGGCAUUUCCGUUGUUACUUUAAUGAUGAGCCUGAGCCUAAGAAAACAAACAAAAAUAAACAGAAAAGUGGGGCAUCAGCUAAUGCACUGCCAGAUUUUAAUGAUACUACAAGCGUUUGUAGUUUUGGCAACUUUUCUGAGGCUUCAGAUAUGCUAUGCAAUGGUCCACCAGCUAAGCGGCCUAAGAAGCGAACAUGGCGCAUGGCUUCUCGAUGCCAAGUUGUUAAAGUCAGCCAUGGGACUCAGACAAGUGUGAUAGACUAUUCAAUGUUUGGAAGACAUGUGUAUAGUGAAGAAGAGCUACUGGACAAUGAGACAGGUAUUUGGUUGGAGAAUGAUAGGACACCAAACAUGAGUACCAGAUUUUGUACACUUAAACUCCCUGAAUCAUACAGCAAAAUUUUGAGCCCUGUGCAACCUGAAACAGUAGUUUAUGUUCUUUCUUGCCCAGAGACUAAUCAGAAUAAAGCAGUUCUUGAUGAACUUAAAAUGAAAAGAAACCAAAAUUCCAUAGAAAAUGAUUCUAUAAAAUAUAAAUACAAACGAUGUUCUUUUAAAUAUUAUGAUCCAAUAUCUAAUCGAGUCCUGAAAACAGCUCCUUCUGACUCAUUAGGAGAAGAGGAUAAAAAACCUGCCCACGUGAGACAGCUGUUUAAAAGUCUCAACCUAAAUGUCAAGUUGAACAAAGGAGUUGCUUCUCAGAGAAAAUGUUCACCAGCUAACCAGUCUUCUAAUUUGUUAGACCUUGCUAGCUCUUCUUUAGACCCAGAUAAAGGAGAUGAUUUAACAUCAAGUCAAAAGUUGGAUGGAUCUUCCCUUUUGUCAGAUGAAGGAGAUGAUUUAAUAUCAAAUCAAAAGUUGGAUGGCCCUUCCCUUUCCUCAGUCAAAGGAGGUGACUUAAUAUCAAGUCAAAAGCUAGAUGGACUUUCCCAUUCCUCAACUAAAGGAGAUGAUUUAACAUCAAGUCAAAAGCUGAGUGCACCUUCUGUUUCCCCAGAGAAUUGGGAAGUUUUGAUUGACAGCCCUGCAGAUAAAUCUUCACAGCAGUCAGCAAUCUUACCUUUAGAUACCAUGCAUGUUCAAAUAGAAAAUUACUCCAGAUCAGCUUCAUGUAAGCAGAGGGUUGCUAAAACACCUGUAAAGUCGAUCAGAAGUGAGCUACUUGUGAAGAAGAAUCCAAAGAAAAUCUGGAAAAGGAAGGAGGCAAAUAGUAAGGACCCAGGUUUUUACAAAAAGACUUCUGGACCUAUGGUUCUCCAUCAUGGAAUUGCUAGAAUAAGAGUUAAAAACACUCCAGGAAAACAAAUACCCUGGGUUAGGAGCAGAAAGAAUGAGAUAAUAAGAAAGUAUAUAUCACCUUUGCUUUCUAAAUAUUCUGCUAUUUUGGGUUGUGGGCAUCUAGCUAGAAAAACUGUUGUGGGAAAGUACCUAAGGACGCAAAAACUUGAUUUUAAAAUGCUAAAGAAGAGGAAAAGAUGCAGCAAAAUGUUCUUGAACUCCACAGUCACAUCAGGUGCUACUGAAACACCAGAGAGACCCUCAGCAGAGUCUAUUCUGGAACAGUCAGAGUGGACUUCUUCCACAGUUACAAGGUGGGAGAAACCUUUUCUGGGAAUGCUCAAGAAAUCUGAGAAUUAUGACAACCAAAGUAUAUUUUAAAGUUGAUUGGACAAUAAAGGAGCCAGUAACUUAAAAAAAAAAAAAGCAAAAACCUUAGGAAAUAUGGUGAGUUGUGAAUGUUGAUGAUGUUGCAAAAAAUACAGAUAUAGUUAGAGGAAUCAUUUUUUUAAAAGAAUAGUGUUCUUGUCCUAGUCAAAUCACUCCAAGUAAAGUUAGUAAUUUGUAAUGUUUCAUUUCAUUUACCCAUAAUAAAUGGCUCAAUGUAAGUGAUUGGUUUCCCAAUUCAAAAUAUCCUGCAUGGGGUACCUUCAGUCCUGUUGCCAUGUGGGGUAUUAUAAAAUUGUCAUUUGGCAUUGAUUCACACAUCAGUGCAAUGUCUUUGGCCCCAGCAGCAGCUGUCGUUAGAGGUCAAGGACUUCUAGGGGUCUGAGGUUUGCUUUAGCAAACAAUUUCUAUUCCCAUUCUUACAUAGGAGAAAUAAUUAGGUGAAAAAUAGCUUAAAAUCCAUUCAAGAAAAGACUUAAAAAAUCGAAAAAUAUCCAAUAUAAAUGUUUUGGGAAUUUGGUACUAAAAUGCAAUUUAGGAAAAUAGGGGUGAUAGUCACUUAUUUAAUACUCCAGUUAGAUAUUAGAAUAAUAGCAUAUUUAUCAAACUGUGCCUUGAAGUAUUUAUGUGUCUAUGUAUAUAUAGUACAUAUGUAAGUAUAUGUAUGUGUGUAUAUAAAUAUAUGUAUAUAAAAUAUAUAUACAUAUAUAAGGCUUUAUAUAUAUAUAUAAAAUAGAAUGUAUCUAGAAGUAUUUCAUGGUAUUUUCUUGCAUUUCAUACACACACACACACACACACACAAAUCUGUGAUCUAUUUUUCAAUUUUAUUAGUAGUAUAAACACAUUUUCUUUUGUUUCUUUUUGUAUUGAGUGGAGUUUGACCAUAGCCAUUUCAUUAUAUUUUCCUCAUAUCACAGAUGGACUUUUUUGUUACUCCUUUUCAGCUAUAAAAGAGAAAAAGAAUUAUGAAAUAAUAAGAGUCCUUAUAGAUUAUUUGCUUUAGCUUCCUUAUUUUAGAAACGAUAAUAUUGAGGUCCAGUGUUGAACAAAGUCACAUAACUUCUCUGUGGCAAAGCUAGUUCUGAAACUCAUUGCACUGGGCCUUAUUUUGUAUAAGGUAGCAAUGGUAGUGGAGGGAUGGAAGUUAAUUCUGACAGGGAAGGUACUCAGUAAGUUUUCUGAAAACUUCAAAGCACUUUAAUAUCUGAAAAAAAAAAUUAAAUUAACAUUAUUUACACUAUCUUAUGGAAUGAGAAGGGGCCAUGGAAAAAGUUUUGAGUCAAAGGACCUGAGGGGUUUAAAAGUCAGCAAUGCCAUUCACUGUCGUUGUGACAAUGAGCAAAUCACUUCAACUUUUUGGGCCUGUUUAUCUCUAAAAUGAGGACAUUGGAGUAGAUAAUCUCCAAGCUUUCAUCCCGUGACCCUAUGAGACAAAAAUAGUUUUGACUUCUUGUUUCUUUUCGUUAAUCAUACUCAUAGGAUUAUAGUUCUAGAGCUAGAAGGGACUUUAGGAGCGCAUUUUACAUUUGAGGACAGUUUAGUGACUUGUCCAGAGUCAUACAGCUAGUAAGUAUUAGAGAUCGAAUUUGAAAACUGCUUUUCUUGACUACAGCUGGAUAAGAACCUCAGAGUCACCUAGUCCAACUCUCCUCACUUUAUAGAUGAUGAAGCUCAGCUACUUAGAGUUGAUAAGAAACUGUUAUCUGUUUCCUCUAAGGACUACAAAUUCAGAAAUUUAACAUGGUGGUUUAAGGAUAGCAUUUGGUUCUCCCACCACCCCCCUCUGCCCCAUGCCUUCUGCCUCCCCUUAUUUUUCUUAAAUUACUUUUUCUUUUUUCCCUUUCUAGUAGCAUUACUUACUCCCUGAAAGUGUUAUUUCUGAUUUCCUAGUGUAGAAGAAAAACCCUCAACCCCUCCAUGAAUCCAUUUUAUGUAUAUUGUCAGACUGGCCUGGUAAAUUGUUGAGAUAAAUUCAUCAAACAUACCUACCAUUGAUCUAAGUGUGUGUGUAGGUUUUAUUUUUUAAUAAAAGGAAAGAGUUGUGGAAAUCUCAAAUCUUUCCUAUAUUGCAAAUGUAGAACAUUUAACUCCUUUUUGUUUCUCAUGAAAAAUAAACAAAAAUGCACACAUAAUUCUAAAUGAAAGACAGGAUUCAUUAACAUUUCUAUAGGAAAUGAUCCUGAAUUUAUUGUGCUAUCAUGUAAUUUUAAUUUUCUUUUUUUCAUGGCUUAUAAAUUAUGAGACUUAUUUUUGUGUAUGUCUUAUGGAACCAAUCUAACUUAUUACUUCAUAGUCACAUGGCCAAGACUACUGCCUUAAGUUUACUCAUGUCUUGUUUUUUCCUUUAAGUUACUUUUAUCUACUUUUUUUUUUUUCGGGGCACUGAGGGUUAAAUGACUUGCCCAGGAUCACACAACUAGUAAGUGUCAAGUGUCUGAGGCUGGAUUUGAACUCAAGUCCUACUGAAUCCAGGGCUGCUGCUUUAUCCACUGUGCUAUCUACCUACCUCCCUACUCCUUUUUCCUAAAAUCCUUAAUGGUUUCUUUUAAGUUGUCUAUACCUCUAAGCCAAUAUUUAUUAAUUUUUCUGGCUUGUUUAAUUUGUAAACUUUUAAAAGCUCUCUUGGAAUUUUUGAUAUCUUCUUGACACCUCUUAACAUCUUAUUUUCAUAGCUCUUUUGUUUCCUCUGUACAUUUCAAAACUGACUUCUAGUUCACAAAAAACUUAUUCAGUUAAGACUACCUGACAUUUUCUCUGUUUGGGGUCUUAAUGAAUGCUACAUUUAUAGCUGUUUUACUUCAAAUAACUUUUUAAAAACUGACUUUUGAAGGAUUAUUGAUUCUCUCCCACCCUACCCCCAAUUUCCAAAUUCAUCUCACUAUUAAUAUUGGCUUCUGUUUUGCAAAUUUAAGAUUGUUGAAGACAGGCACCAAAUAUUUACUGAAAUGUAGUUGUGCCUCAUAUAUAACAAGUAAUUCAUCAGUAAAUAUUUGUUGGUUUGAUUUGAAUUCUGGAAAUCUUGUUUUGUCUUUCAAGGUACCCAAAAAUUGGAACAGAAUUUCUUCCUAGAAAAAUUGUCCAAAUAACACCACAUCAAAUUAAAGUAUUAUCCGGACCUACCAAAUGUUAAGUUUGCAAUUUAGAAAGUUGUUGCUACCAUUGACAGCCACAAUUAGAGAAAUAAAGAAUGAGAAUACAGUUUCAGUAGAUGUGGGAUUUUCCCACUAUAUUACCUGAACAAUUUAAGUAUCCAGUGAGCAUACCCAGAAGGUUUUGGAACCUGCAGUGUUUUAAAGCUUUGAAUCAAUUUACUCUAACCAAAUCUAUUGAGAAAAAUCACAAAUUUUGAUUUAACAAUAAA